GCGUGUAUAAAAAGGGAGGCGGCAGUAGUGUGCACACUACUGUUAGCUAGACCAAGGCAAAGCCAGAGAGCCUCCCUGCUCAUCAAGCUUGUGGAAAAGAGGAGUGUGCUUGGCUCUUGCUUCUUCGUCAGGGAGAAAAAUGAGGAAGGAGAUGAUCAUCAGGCUGCAGAUGAACUCCGAGAAGGGCCACUGCAAAGCUAUCAAGGUGGCUGCUGCAAUCUCAGGGGUGGAGUCCGUGACGAUCGCCGGCGAGGACAAGAACCUGCUGCUGGUGAUCGGCGUCGGGAUCGACUCCAACCGCAUCACCGAGAAGCUGCGCCGCAAGGUGGGCCACGCCGAGGUGGUCGAGCUGCGCACCGUCGACGCCGCGGACGAGCUCGGCGGCGGCCUCGUCGCCGCCGCGUACCGCUACCACCCGAGCCCGAGCCCCUACAAGCACGCGCCCGCGCCGCGCGACCACUACUACGCUGCCGGCGGCGGCGGCGGCAGGGACCACUACUACAACGGCGGGUCGGCGGCGGCGUACGCGCCGCCGCGGGUCGACUACUACUACGGCGGCGGCGGCGGAGGGUACCCGGCGCAAUACCAGCAGCCGCACGACGACUACUACUUCUACCACCCGGCCGCCGCGAACACGCGCACGGUGGUGCACCACGAGUACGCCAGCGACCCCAACGGAUGCUCCGUCAUGUGAGGAGGGGGUGCCGUGUUGCCCGUUGGUGUUUCGCGUGAUCUGGGAAUGAACUUCCUGUUGCAUGUGCCAUCUGGUGUCCCUCGCCUGGUGACUCGGUGUUAGUGUUAUAGUCACAAGCAGAGACUGGGAUUACUUUCUGGUUCCGUGCAAUUAGUGUAGAGCAAGCAUUUGCGCGUGCGUGGCUGCCUGAACCUGUGUGUACAUACUCAAGCUACAAGCUUCAUACUAUACGAAUUCAAGUGCAAGCCAGCUUACUGCUUGUCCUUCAGAGAU